UCAGGUGUGUGUGUGUGUCCUGAUCUGGAUGUGUGUGUGUCCUGCAGUCUGGACCGGACUGUGUGUGUCUGGAGUGAGCAGAAUAAACUUCUCAGUACUCUGCAGAUGAAUGCAGAGCCUCAGAGUUUGGCUUCCAGUGGUUUUGGAGGUGAACUCUUUCUGGGCAUCAGAGGAGAUUUGUACAGGAUGGAUUGUUCAAAGUUCCUGCCGCACAUCUACCAACAAAUGCUUCUUCACACUUUCUGUGCCGAGCGAGUUUCAGACUUUCCUGUCAUCCAGAAUCAAGAAAGAAAGAUCCCAAGUGUAGACGGAGAGGAAGGUGAGGAAUUGAAAACAAUCGGGAGAAAUGUCUCUCUGAGCCGAGACGUGUGGAGACAGAGGGAGUCAGACAUGGACCUGUCUGCUCUCAUUGAAGGCUCGGUCAGAUGCAGGAAAGAGAAACCUCGGAGCACAAAGGAAACCAAGAGGGAGGCUUUUGAUCACUACAUGAAGAUUUUAUAUGGGCUGCCCCUACAUCUAAAGAUCGAUUUGGGAGACACCUUUGACCCCAUGAAACGGCCGUUCAAUCCAGAAUACCGCGACUACAAGCCCCAUAAUCCUCCUGCGGUGAAGAAGGCAAAGUGCGCUGACUCUAAAGGAGACGUCCCUGUGACUGUGGAGAUGCAGAAAAAGGCUCCAGAAACAAAGUCUACACCGACGACCCCAAUGAGUGUCCUGCAGCGGCCCGCUCCAAAAGUCAAACCCAAGAAAGUCGUUGACGUGGAGAAGCGGGAGGGGGCGAGAAAUCCUCCACAGAUCAUCCCUCCGAUAGCUCCACCCAAACCAAAAACUCCAACUCCACAUCCUCGCAGGCAAAAACCCGUACCACCACCACCACCGCCCCCCCUCCCACCACGGGGCACCACCCCCGAGGUCCCGAUGUUCCUCAAACAGUUUACAGAAGCAGACUGGUUUAAAGACCUCUUUCCAGAUCAGAAGUGUAUCUCAAACAUCCUGUCACCAGAGGACUUCUCCCUGCAGCUGCUGGUCGGUCUGACCUCCUGCAGCCCUCGGUCUAAGGUCCAGAUCCUCGCUGCUCUGCGGGCGCUACACAGCCAGCGAGCUUUACCCAACGCACACACGCUCUCCCAACGCCUCGUCCAUCUGCUGCCCACAUUAAUGAAACCUCACAUGUCGGACGUGGAGCGAUCCUCUCUCGUUGAGUUGCUCUAUCUUUUAAUGCAGCUCAAGUGUGUCGACAACGACCUCGGGAGAGAGCUUCUCACUCUUCUGGCUUUUAAGAAAUCAGGCCUCCGAGACACAGCGCUCGGCAUGCUGACUGCAGCCGGCGUCCAUGAGGCUGAGGAGUGGCUGUGGCCAGAGCUGGAGAGCUGGAAUUCAGAGCUGUGGGACCCGUCUAACAUCUGGAAGCACCUUCACCACAGAGCAGAUUGUUGGCUGGAGUUGUGGAUCUCCAAAUACAAGGAACACGUCGAGUAUCAGGGGAAGAAUCCGACCUUCAGCGUUGUUGAUGUGCUCAACUAUUUCUGCUGCGUGCAGAGAGACAAGUACAGGAAGACCCGAUGUGUCGCUCCAGCUGCUCGCAAAAACACUCUGCUUCUGCCCCUGAAUGAAAGGGUAGAGGUCAUUUCUCAGCCGAUCCUUCGUCUGGGAGAGACUCACAGCAUGAGCAGGACGUGGAGGCCGCCAGGGAUCAUUCUGCCUCCGCUCAGAACUCGUCCUUUCCUCUCUCACUUCCCGAGUUUCAUCUGUUUGCCUGUACCGCGGCUCACGCUCCGCCCCUUCCACGUCCAAUCGGAGGACGACUGGGUGAAGGCCUCCAGCCGCCGCCGCUACUUCAUCCAGCAGCAGUCGUACGUCGAGUACUACAGAUGA